AUGGCAUCAUCGUGGCGCACCCGCAACACCUCGCAACUCGGCACCUACACGACACUCGCUCAGACAGAGGACCCCCACGGCGAAGCACCCCCCGGCGAGCACUCCUCCGGAGACCCCCCUGCCCCCCUCCCCGCCGCCCUCUACAUCGGCUCCACCCCCACCCCAGAAGACCUCCUCUUCCUGCCGCGCGUCCCCGACGCCCUGCCCCCCGGCGCCUUCCUCGUCGCCGUCGUAGAACUCUGCGAGCGCUUCGCGUACUACGGCCUCGCCGGCCCGUUGCAGAACUACAUCGCCAACGGGCCGCGCGACGCCUCGGGCCUGCCCGGCGCCCUGGGGCUGGGCCAGCGCCGCGCGACGGCCCUGACCAACGCGUUCCAGCUGUGGUGCUAUGUCACGCCGCUGCUGGGCGCGGUGGUGGCGGACGCGUGGCUGGGGCGGUACCGCACGAUCAAGUACUUCAGCGCGGUGUACAUGGCCGGGAUUGCGGUGCUGGUCGCGUCGAGUACGCCGUGGAGUGUGCAGCGCGGUUGGGCGCUGCCCGGGCUGGUGGUCGCCAUGGGGGUUGUGGGGCUGGGCACGGGGGGGAUCAAGAGCAAUGUGAGUCCGUUGAUUGCGGAGCAGGUGAGGAGUACGAACGCGUUUGUGGAGGUCCGACGGGGGAAGAGGGUGGUCGUCGAUCCGGAGGUUACGGUGCAGCGGAUUUACAUGGUGUUCUAUAUGUGUGUCAAUGUGGGCUCGGUGUCGGCGAUUGCAACGACGAUGCUUGAGCUGCAUGUGGGGUUCUGGAGCGCGUUUCUGCUGCCGUUCGUCAUGUUCUGCGUGGGCUACGCGGUGCUGGUCGCGGGUAAGGACCGCUAUGUCAUCAAGCCGCCGCAGGGCGGUGUGAUUGGGAGCUGCUUCCGGGCGCUGUGGAUCGCGGCGCGCAACGGCUUCGACAUCGACAAAGCACGGCCGUCGGCACUGCGGCAGCGCGUCUCGUGGGACGACACCUUCAUCGACGAGCUGAAGUCGGCGCUGACCGCGUGCAAAAUCUUCCUCUUCUUCCCUAUCUACUGGGUCGCCUACUCGCAGAUGCUGAACAACUUCGUCUCGCAAGCGGGCCAGAUGCAGCUCCACGGCCUCCCCAACGAUAUCCUGCCCAACAUCGACCCCAUCACCAUCAUCCUGCUCGUCCCCGUCAUGGACCGCCUAAUCUACCCCUUCAUCCGCACACGCCUCCACCUCGCCUUCACGCCCACAACACGCAUAACCCUCGGCUUCCUCACCGCCGCCCUCGCCAUGCUCUACGCCGGCGCGCUGCAAUCCCACAUCUACUCCUCCCCCCCCUGUUUCUCCUCGCCCUUAUCCUGCCCCGACGCCCUCACCCCCGGCGCCCCCGCGGCCCCAAACACAGUCCACGUCGCGUGGCAGACCCCCGCGUACGUGCUCGUCGCGCUCAGCGAGAUCCUGGCCAGCAUCACGGGGUUGGAGGUCGCGUAUGCGCGGGCGCCCGCGCAGAUGAAGAGUUUCAUCAUGAGUUUGUUUCUGCUGACGAGCGCGGGCGGGAGCGCGCUGGGCGUGCUGGUGGCGCCGCUGGCGCGGGAUCCGUGGCUGGGCUGGGUGUAUUGCGGACUCGGGGUUUUGGCGGCGGGGACGGGGGGGUUGUUUUGGUGGACGUUUCGCGGGCUGGAGGAGGAGGAGGCGAAGGGGGUGGUGGAGGAGGGGUUUGAGCUGGAGAGCCGGAGCAGUGUUGGGGAGGAGGAUGGGGCGGUGCUGAAGGGCGUGUGA